AUGACCACCACCAAUCUUUCAAUCAUCCCUACAGCGCUAAGUCAUAUUGGAGGCUUGUGCCUUUCAGAGGGCAUCACACCAGUAUGGUACAAUGUAAUGAGGAAACGAUUUGCUCCGUUGUCCGAGGACAGUCAAGACAUACCUCAGUUGAGCAGCAUUGGCCAUACAGAGUCCGCCUCAGACCUGUUUGUCCAUCUAAGUCGAACUCUUGAAGAUGACCAUGUCACAGCCUUCAUAACAACAGAUUCUGUUGCCAAGGCAUUUGAUAUAUCUCAUGAACCGUCCCGGGGAAGUACAGGCGCCACACCGCUAUCCUCUCCAUUCAUCGAAGUCCAAAUCCCCGGGAAACGCACAGGCCUGGUCGCUAGCAAAGACAUCCGUGCGGGUGAUGCUAUUAUCUCUGAGAAACCAGCCAUGGUAGUCCAUGAGGGAAUAGACGAAACCGAUGAGGAGAAUCGACUACGGCUGCAGUGGGAGGCUGUGCGUCAACUUCCCCGGGAGAUUUCGACUCGGCUAUUGAACUUACUGGCAUACGGUGACGGCGAUAUCCUGGAUGAGAUCUUGAACACGAAUAGUUUCGGUGUCACCAUCCCAGACUCUGCGGAUCAUCGAGCUGUUUUUCUUCAAAUAUCUCGAUUGAACCAUGCUUGUCGCCCAAAUGCUGCCUAUCAAUUCGAUCCCGAAACUCUGGUCCAAACUAUUUAUGCAAUCGAUGAUAUUCCCCCCGGGGAGGAGAUAACCAUUUCCUAUAUUGACACACUGGUUCCAUAUACUCAACGUCAAAAUGAUCUUGCAAACUGGGGGUUCGAGUGUACAUGCCAGCUCUGCAGCUUGGCACCGGAGGACAGAGUCAGGUCCGAUCGCAACAUCCAGUCCAUCCUCACCUACAAACGCGCCCUCGAUGAUUGGUCCGAAUACUCUGCCGCAACCACGGAGAUGGCGGAGGCCUUGAUUGAGCUAGUGCGAAGCGAGCUUACUCACGAUGCCAUUGCGACAGCCUACAGGCUGGCGGCGUACGAGUUUAAUGCGGUGGGUCACAAGGACGGCGCGCUGGAAUAUGCGUUCCGCGCCUUCACCCAUGGUUGUGCUAUUUGGAGGAAGAGGGACGCUGAGAGUAAUAUCCACGAUGUUGUCCGGAUCAUGAGCGCGCCGGAAAAACACUGGACGUGGAUGAAAAGAAUCGGGACCUGCGUGGCUUGA